AUGAAAUUGCCCAUCAUCCUGGCGACUCUGGCCACCUGCAUGGCCAGAGAUAUCCCCUCCAACUUGCAGCGAUUCUACGAUUCGGUCAAGAUUGCGGGACCAUGCACCGGCGACGAUCUUUUGCAGGGCGGCUUCUUCGACCAGGACGAUAGCACCGACGAAUGGAGUUACUGUGACAGGAACUUCACCGGGCGUGGACUCUACAUCAAAGGCCCAGGCACGGAUCUAGCUAACAUGGACAUCGACUGCGACGGGGACCAGCAAAAUGCUGAUCCGCGCUGCCUGGGAUCGAGCGACACCCAGCCCGCGACGGCCUUCAAGCGCCAGGUUCAGCGGCUCUCCAACAUCACCGAUCUGAACGCUUCGAUCCACCCUUAUGUUGUGUUGGGAAACGUUGGGGACAUGACUUUCGAUCCUCGCGAUCACGGCAUCGAGCCGCUUAGCGUGGUGGCCGUCGUCUGCGGAGGCCAGCUGGUCUACGGCAUCUGGGGCGACAUCAACGGAAACGACGGCAUGCCUCUGGUGGGCGAAGGGAGUCUGGCGCUAGCGACGGCGUGCUUCGGAGAGGGCAUGGACGGCGACAAUGGGCACGACGAGGCCGAUGUGCUGUAUCUUGCAUUUUCAGGGCGCAAUGCUGUGCCGCGAAACGCUAAUUGGGCUGCGAGGAAUUAUGAAGAAUUCGAAGCGAGUAUCGCGGCCCUCGGUGAUGCAUUGGUGGCCCGAGUGUAA